AUGCAGGAAAAGAUUGAAGAGACUAGCUCAGGCCAUGCGCCAACCGAGAUCGACGGUGCUCUCGAGGCUGCAGAUACAAGUGAUUAUGUCUUAAUUGACCCGCUUGUCGAAAAGCGUAUAAUAGCCAAAUUCGACAAAUUCAUGAUGCCUCAGAUGGCAUUACUUAUGCUCAUGGCAUACCUUGAUCGAUCUAACAUUGGUAAUGCGAGAGUCUUUGGUUACGAAGCAGGACUUGGUCUCACAGGCAACCAAUUCGGCAAUAUCUCGACAUUGUUCUACCCCGCCUUCGUACUAUUUGAGAUCCCCUGGGUCAUGGCCGUCAAGCGCUUCGGUGCCAAUCUCGUCCUCGCCAUUGUCAUGGUUGGGUGGAGCGUCGUCACACUCGGCGGCGGAUUUAUCCAGAAUUACCAUCAAGCACUUACUCUACGCCUUCUCCUUGGGGCUUUCGAGGGCGCUCUUUUUCCAUGUUUGGCAUUCAUGAUCUCGACAAUCUACACCGUAGAUCAGCAGGGCAAACGCAUUGGCGUUCUUUACGCUGCCAUUGCGCUAUCAGGAGCCUUCGGUGGACUGAUUUCCUAUGGCAUUCAGCUGAUGGGGGACCGUCAAGGUCUCGCGGCGUGGCGCUGGCUAUUUAUCAUUGAAGGCUGCGUAUCAAUAGUGAUGGGUGCCGCACUCUGGCUCACAUUGCCACGGAAUGCACAGACUGCUUGGUUCCUUACCAUAAAGGAGACAGAAGUAAUGAAGGCUAGGAUGCAAAGAGAUGCCAUCUAUUCCGGAGAGGAGAAGUUUUCGUGGGUAUACGUCAAAAUGGCUAUGUCUGACCCGUUGAUCUACCUCGGCGGCAUUGCGCUCUUCGCUUCUGGUAUUCCCCUUUUUGGCUUCGGAACUUUUCUUCCUACAAUCGUUGUCGGCCUUGGCUAUACGUCCCUGCAAGCCAACUACCUGUCAAUUCCUGUCUACGUCUUCGCCACGAUAGUCUUAUGCUUCGUGGCCUGGGUAUCAGAUAAGACAAAAACACGAGGGGUAAUCGCAAUUAUGAUUCCAAUUCCCGUUCUGAUUGGAUACUCAAUCGUCUUGGGCACCGACAACAAUGGGGCCGGUCUUUUCGCAAUGUUUCUCAUUGGCAGCGUUUACACUUACAAUACCGUUGUAGUGACUUGGGUCAUCAAUAACCUCCAGAAUGAGCAUGUCCGCUCUGUUGGAAUCCCUCUCUUUGUUGCCAUUGCAAACUCUUCUGGUAUCGCUUCUUCCCAGAUAUACCCAGCUACCGAAAGCCCACGAUUCAUAAAGGGUAAUUCAAUCUCACUGGGGAUGGAAUUUGUUGCUCUUAUAUGUGUCGGUUUGAUCUAUUUGCUCCUGCGAAGGAGAAAUGCAAAGAGUGCUCUAGUCACGGAUAAUAUUGACGACGUGAAGCAAUCGAAUUUCAAGUAUACGAUGUAG